CAGUAUUCAUACAAAACUGAGACGUAUCGAAAGGCAAGCUCUAUUCUUGUUUCACGUUUUGCCGCAGCUUUGAAUCUACAGCAACUUUUGUGCUGAUGUCGCGAAGAACCCGAAGCAGACAGGAGUGGGAGGUGCGCGCUUCUACUCUAGCUAGGAAAACUACAAAUCUUAUCCGACGUAUCGUUGAGAACCUACAGGUGGAACCGAACCCUAACAAAGAACUUAUCGCCUUAUCCAUUGGUGACCCAACAACAUUUGGAAAUUUAAAUCCGCCGGAACAAGUUUUACAAGCUGUUCGCGAUAGUAUUGAGCUAAAUACAAGCCGAGGCUACGCCCCUUCUAAAGGGCAUUACGAAGCAAGGGUAGCCGUAGCAAAAUACAGCGCUCAUCAAGGCAAUGUUCAUCCAGAUGACGUUAUAUUAUCUAGCGGCUGUUCACAUGCGAUUGAAAUGGUUAUAACAGCACUUGCAGAUUGUGGUCAAAAUGUUCUCAUACCCCGGCCGGGUUUUUCUAUAUACCAGACUCUAGCAGAAGGAUUGGGAAUUGUUAUAAAGCAUUAUAAUCUCCUGCCAGAUGAACAAUGGAAGGUUGAUCUUGAUGAUUUAGAAAGUCAAAUUGACGAUGAUACUGUCGCCAUAGUAGUCAUUAACCCAUCCAAUCCUUGUGGAUCCGUAUACGACAAAGACCACUUAAAUGAAAUUUUGGAUAUAGCUUCAAGGAACAGAGUGCCAAUCAUAGCUGACGAAAUAUAUGAACAUUUUAUUUUUUCCGGGAAUAAAUUUACAGCUAUAUCGUCUUUAUCCCAAGAUGUACCUGUUCUUACAUGUGGUGGACUCACGAAACGGUUCUUAGUACCAGGCUGGAGAAUGGGUUGGGUGAUCAUCCAUGAUCGAAAUAAUAUUUUAGGAAAGGAAAUACGACAAGGUUUAUCAAACCUUUCGAUGAAAAUACUCGGUCCGAAUACAUUAAUUCAGAGAGCUUUACCUGCUAUUUUAGAAUAUACGCCGCAAAGUUUCUUUGACGACGUGUUGUUGUUUAUUGAGAAUCAAGCGAAACUCGCUUUUGAAGAACUUCGGCACGCACCAGGAUUACGACCAAUCAUGCCUCAAGGAGCAAUGUAUAUGAUGAUUGAAGUUAAAUUAUCGAAUUUCCCUGAAUUUAGCAAUGAAUUCGAGUUUAUAGAGUGUAUGGUAUCAGAACAAUCAGUCUUUUGUUUACCAGGGACGUGCUUCGACUAUCCAAACUUCAUGCGAAUUGUAUUGACAAUACCUGAAGAUAAAAUGCGAGAAGCAUGUCAAAGGAUAGUAUUAUUUUGUAAAGAACACGUAGUUUUUAGUGAGAAGAGAAAAGAUAUUGAAGAGGACGUAUCGAUAACGACGGAUGUUCAAGUUAUAUGUGACAAUGACGCUCGCGUAGCUUAGGCUAAUUAAAUAGUAUAAUGCAUAGCUUGAGGCUCUAAUUUACGAGCGUGCCACAAGCUUGCGAUAUAAACUGCAGUGAUUUUACUUGCGUCAUUCCUGGCCCUCGGGCAGACCAAACUAUUAUUCUUAGAAUUUGUUAAUGCAACAUUUCUGAUGGAUAAAAAAUAUGUUAAUAGAUAAAGUGAGCUCCAAAACUGUAAAAAGCGUGCUCGUCGAUCUGGGUCCUUACAAAUAUAUUAUAAAAAUAUUGCUUUAAGGAAAGAGGAACUAUUGAACAACCUCUGAAAUGCAGUUUGAUGUCUCCUAACAUGUUUGUAACGUCUUUAUCGAUGUUUUGUCAUUUCAAAAUAAUAUAAACCAAACCGAUAUCUAGCUUAAUGUCUGCUUAAUUUACUUACAGAAAUCAAGAUUAAUAUCUUAUGUAACUAAUUGUAUUUUUUUUUUGCAGUCCUGUUCUUUGACGGGCAGAUAUGUACCUACAAUUUUGUAUUUUUAUUAAGUACACUUAGUUUUAUUUAAGGUAGUCGAAGUGUUGACCAAAACCAUAUAAAUCAAAAUAGAAAAAAGAGAUUGUAAACUAAUAAAAGUACUUUCAUACUGCUUUAUACAAAAUAUAUACAAAAAAUAAUAAGAGAUAGAUAGUUAAGAUAGUAUGUUUGUAAGAAAAUAUACGUUUCCAGCAAGAAAAGUUUAUAGCAAAAUUAGUCUUUGGAAAAUUAUUUAUAUCUAUUACUAUUUAUACAUACCAACCUAUUUUUUUUUGUUUUAAAAAUACUGUUUUUUUAUCUGUAUUUUCGCAUUUUAGUAUUAAUUGUAAAGUUUACAAUUGAAGUCAAUUUAAAGUAUUGCCAUAACGAAUUACCAUAAUAAAGUAAUUUCUAGUAGUUACCUACUAAUAGUAUAGUCAAUGGGUACUUACAGAGUGCAUGAUAAUGAAAUAUUAUAAUAAUUUAGAUAUAAUUGUAGC